AUGAGCGCGUUGUUCAAUUUCCAAGCUCUUCUUCAAGUGCUACUGCUAUUGGUCUGCGCUUGUACCUAUAUUCAUUCACAGUGGCCAUCGCUGCUGGACAGGUACAAAGAGCAUAGCAUGUUGGGAGCAUUUUGGAAAUGCGCUCGAAUCGGCGAGAGGGCAAGUCCUUAUGUAAGCAUUGCAUGUAUUAUCAUGGCCAUUAACCAGUUUCAGGCUUGA